GGCUUAUCAUGGUCAUUUACAGUAAACCCUUUGCUAUUUCCUUGUACGAUAUAAACAACAUAUUCUAAGUGUCAUAAUCUCGGAGCACAAUUGAGGCUGUGUCUUACUAGCUACUACAAGUAUGGCUUUCCAUAUUCAUAUUCGUGAGGAUGUGGACAAAAGAGAGAUUGAGAUCACUGGGAAUACCAGUGAUGCCAUGGGAUAUGCUGAGACUUUGCUACAGACCUACCAAUUUCAUAAAAUCAUGAAAGAAAAAAAAGAAAUUUGUCUUGGCUUCCUUUUUGGACGUUGCUUUGAAGGAGAUGUGUGUAUGGGUGUCCAUUCUACUAUGCCAUAUCAAUGGGAGGUGGAGAAUGGACUUGGUUGGUCAUGUAUCCCAGAGAAUGAGGGCAUUGAGAGAGACUACUGUGACCCAGCAAAGACCGAGAGCCAUGGAACACCACCGGUGAAUUUUAUCCUCAUGAUCCGCGGUCACAGCAAAGUUCGGCGACUUGCUACGGUUUCCUCCCUGGACCAACCAGAAGCUGUCCUUGCUACCAAGUGGGCUUGGUACUGGGAAGGAGAGGAGGAAUGCUGGAAUGCAUUUUGGUCAUCAACUAUGGAGGACCUAGAGAGGGUGUACAGUGAUCCCUCUCUUGGCUCAGUGUUUGAGUUCACUGCUGGACGACACACCUAUGAAGUCAAUUUGGAAGACAUGAUCCAGAGUAACAGGAGCUCACACACCCAAAGACUGAUAAGAAGACGUCCGAUCUUCAACUCUGCCAUAGAUGUUCAGAGAGCAAUUUGCAUGUCUAAUACCAACACUUCGAUUGUGCCACCUUACUGGGACCAGUCUCGAUUGCCUGGGAACGGCUUUGAGAUGGUUUUGUUGCCAAGCUCAACAGCUGAACACAAAGACAUUAAGGCCCGUUUUGAGAAAACCGCUGUGGGGUUUCACAUACUCACCAUUGAGAGAGUACAAAACCUUUACCAAUGGAACUUCUAUGAGCUGCAAAGAGAUCAGAUGAAAUCCUCAGGGACACGUAUCAUGGAGAAACAGCUUUUCCAUGGAACGGUCUCUGAACAUGUUGACAGAAUUUGCAAAGACAACUUUGACUGGAGAGUAUGUGGAAACAAUGACAUUCCCUAUGGAAAAGGAAAUUACUUUGCCAGGGAUGCUAGUUACUAUACCAGCCAGUCCGGAGUGAGGUCCAUGUUUGUUUGUCGUGUGCUGGUUGGAGACUACACUGUGGGAAACUCCAGCUGUCUGACACCACCUCUUAAAGAAACAGGAGGAUCCAUCGCCUAUGACAGCUGUGUGGACAACAUCCAAGAGCCGCAUGUGUUCGUAGUUUUUAAAAAGUCUCAGAUUUACCCUGAAUACCUUAUAAAGUUUUAACCAUGCUCCCAACCCAAAUCCCUUGGUUUAACCAAACCCUACUGCCAAGCCAAAUCCUGCUUAAUUGUCAAAACUACAAUGGCAGGGGGAGCACAGGCUUUAUAAGGAUGAGUCUUGUCCUUGAGGCAGAAACGAGCAAUUUCCACUAGAUGGGCCAGCUGCAAAGUUAAAAUUGGCUAUAUUAUAAUUCAUGAAAACAAAAAGUAGCUUUUUGGUCAUAUUUUAAGGUUAGGGUUAGGUAUUAUUUUAAAUCAGAUUUUAUGACUUUGUGUAUGUGUCAGCUGGUGAACACUCACACAGAGCUGCCUACAGAACAAAAAAUGCUCACCUGCAUGGCGGCUCGCCCCAGAGGCAUCAUUUCCAUGGGCACGUGUCCCCUCAGAUAUGUUCAAUAUACACUACAAAUGCUGAUGCUCCAGAUACUCAACUAGUCUAAAGAAGGCCAGUGUUUUUGCUUCAUUAAUCAAAACAACAGUUUCAGCUGUGCUAACAUAAUUGCAAAGGGGUUUUCUAAUGAUCAAUUAGCCUUUUAAAAUGAUACACUUGGAUUAGCUAUCACAACGUGCCAUUGGAACACAGGAGUGAUGGUUGCUGAUAAUGGGCCUCUGUACGCCUAUGUAGAUAUUCCAUUAAAAAUCUGCUGUUUCCAGCUACAACAGUCAUUUACAACAUUAACAAUCUCUACACUGUAUUUCUGAUCAAUUUGUUGUUAUAUUAAUGGACAAAACAUGUGCUUUUCUUUCAAAAACAAGGACAUUUCUAAGUGACCCCAAACAUUUGAAUGGUAGUGUGUAUAUAUAUAGUGCAUUGGAAAAGUAUUCAGACCCCUUCCCCUUUUCCACAUUUUGUUAUGUUACAGUCUUAUUCUAAAAUGGAUUAAAUAUGUUUCCCCCUCAUCAAUAUACACACAAUACCCCAUAAUGACAAAGAAAAAAUUGAUUUGAAUUAAAAAUAAAAACAGUAAUACCCAAGAAGACUCAAGGCUGUAAUCGCUGCCCAAGGUGCUUCCACAAAAUACUGAGUAAAGGGUCUGAAUAAUUAUGUAAAUGUUAUAUUUCAGUUUUUUAUUUAUAAUCAUUUUUUCAAAAAUGUUUAAAAAUGUGUUUUUGCUUUGUCAUUAUGGGGUAUUGUGUGUAGAUUGAUGAGGGGUGGAAACUAUUUAAUCCAUUUAGACUAAAGCUGUAACAUAACAACAUUUUUACUAUUUUUUACAUUGUAGAAUAAUGGUGAAGACAACAAAAAUAGGAAAUAACACAUAUGGAAUCAUGUAGGAACCAAAAACAUGUUAAACAAAUCAAAAUAUAUUUUAGAUUUUAGAUUCUUCAAAGUAACCAUCCCUCACCUUGACGACAGCUUUGCACACUCUUGGCAUUCUCUCAACCAGCUUCACCUGGAAUGCUUUUCCAACAGUCUUCAAGGAGUUCCCACAUAAGCUAAGCACUUGUUGGCUGCUUUUCUUCACUCUGCGAUCCGACUCAUCCCAAACCAUCUCAAGUUGGUUGAGGUCGGGGAUUGUGGAGGCCAGGUCAUCUGAUGCAGCACUCCAUCACUCUCCUUCUUGAUAAAAUAUCCCUUACACAGCCUGGAGGUGUGUUGGGUCAUUGUCCUAUUGAAAAACAAAUGAUAGUCCCACUAAGCCCAAACCAGAUGGGAUGGUGAAUUGCUGCAGAAUGCUGUGAAUUCUAAAUAAAUCACAGACAGUGUCACCAGCAAAGCACCCCCACACCAUAACAACUCCUCCUACAUGCUUUAUGGUGGGAAAUGCAUCAUCCAAGAUCAUCCGUUCACCCACACCGCAUCUCACAAAGACACAGUGGUUGGAACCAAAAACUCCCAUUUUGACUCCAGACCAAAGGACAAAUUUCCACAGGUCUAAUGUCAAUUGCUUGUGUCCUUUGGCCUAAGCAAGUCUCUUCUUAUUAUUGGUAUCCUUUAGUAGUGGUUUCUUUGCAGCAAUUCAACCAUGAAGGCCUGAUUCACACAGUCACGUCUGAACAGUUGAUGUUGAGAUGUGUAUGUUACUGGAACUCUGGGAAGCAUUUGUUUGGGCUGCAAUUUCUGAGGCUGGUAACUCUAAUGAACUUAUCCUCUGCAGUAGAGGUAACGCUCGGUCUUCCUUUCCUGUGGCGAUCCUCAUGAGAGCCAGUUUCAUCAUAGCGCUUGAUGGUUUUUGCGACUGCAUUUGAAAAACUUUCAAAGUUCUUGAAAUCUUCCUCAUUGACUGACCUUCAUGUCUUAAAUGAUGGACUGUCGUUUCUCUUUGCUUAUUUGAGCUGUUCUUGCCAUAAUAUGGACUUGGUCUUUUACCAAAUAGAGCUAUCUUCUGUAUACCACUCCUACCUUGUCACAACGCAACUGAUUGGCUCAAACGCAUUAAGAAGGAAAGAAAUUCCACAAAUUAUUUUUAAGAAGGCACACCUGUUAACUGAAAUGCAAUCAAGGGGACGACCUCAUGAAGCUGGUUGAGAGAACACCAAUAUUGUGCAAAGCUGUUAUCAAGGCAAAGGGUGGCUACUUUGAAGAAUCUAAAAUCUAUUGUGAUUUGUUUAAAACCUCUUUGGAAUAGGCGGGACGCAAAUGUCUCAACUGGCCAAUACCCAGGGAAAAUGCAGAGCACCAGAUUCAAAUAAAAUACUAUAAAAUUCAAACUUUCAUUAAAUCACACAUGUAAGAUACUCAAUUAAAGCUACACUCGUUGUGAAUCCAGCCAACAUGUCAGAUUUUUAAAAUGCUUUUCGGCGAAAGCAUAAGAAGCUAUUAUCUGAUGAUAGCACCAACAGUAAACAAAGAGGGUAAGCAUAUUUCAACCCUGCAGGUGCUACACAAAACGUGGAAAUAAAAUAUAAAACAUGUAUUACCUUUGACAAGCUUCUUUUGUUGGCACUCCAAUAUGUCCCAUAAACAUCACAAUUGGUCAUUUUGUUCGAUUAAUUACGUUCAUAUAUAUCCAAAAUGUCCAUUUAUAAAGUGCGUUUGAUCCAGAAAAAAACAGCUUACAAAAAACGCGACGUCACUACAAAAUAUUUCAAAAGUUGCCUAUAAUAAACUGAACAUAAACUGAACAAGUUCCACAGACAUGUGACUAACAGAAAUGGAAUAAUGUGUCUCUGAACAAGGGGGGGAGGUGUCAAAAUCAAAAGUAACAGUCAGUAUCUGGUGAGGCCACCAGCUGCAUUAAGUACUGCAGAGCAUCUCCUCCUCAUGGACUGCACCAGAUUUGCCAGUUCUUGCUGUGAGAUGUUACCCCACUCUUCCACCAAGGCACCUGCAAGUUCCCGGACAUUUCUGGGGGGAAUGGCCCUAGCCCUCACCUUCCGAUCCAACAGGUCCCAGACGUGCUCAACGGGAUUGAGAUCCGGGCUCUUCGCUGGCCAUGGCAGAACACAGAUAUUUCUGUCUUGCACGAAAUCACGCACAGAAUGAGCAGUAUGGUUGGUGGCAUUGUCAUGCUGGAGGGUCAUGUCAGGAUGAGCCUGCAGGAAGGGUACCACAUGAGGGAGGAGGAUGUCUUUCCUGUAACGCACAGUGUUGAGAUUGCCUGCAAUGACAAUAUGCUCAGUCCAAUGAUUCUGUGACACACCGCCCCAGACCAUGACAGACUCUCCACCUCAAAAUUAGUCUCGUUCCAGAGUACGGGCCUCGUGUAAUGCUCAUUCCUUUGACGAUAAAUGCGAAUCCGACCAUCAACCCAGGUGAAACAAAACCGUGACUCGUCAGUGAAGAACACUUUGGCCAGUCCUGUCUGGUCCAGCGACGGUGAGUUUGUGCCCAUAGGCGACAUUGUUGCCGGUGAUGUCUGGUGAGGACCUGCCUUACAACAGGCCUACAAGCCCCCAGUCCAGCCUCUCUCAGCCUAUUGCGGACUGUCUGAGCACUGAUGGCGAGAUUGUGCGUUCCUGGUGUAACUCGGGCAGUUGUUGUUGCCAUCCUGUACCUGUCCCGCAGGUGUGAUGUUCUGAUGUACCAAUCCUGUGCAGGUGUUGUUACAUGUGGUCUGCCACUGCGAGGAUGAUCAGCUGUCCGUCCUGUCUCCCUGUAGCGCUGUCUUAGGCAUCUCACAGUACGGACAUUGCAGUUUAUUGCCUUGGCCACAUCUGCAGUCCUCAUGCCUCCUUGCAGCAUACCUAAGGCACAUUUACACAGUUGAGCAGGCACCCUGGGCAUCUUUCUUUGUGUUUUUCAGAGUCAGUAGAAAGGACUCUUUAGUGUCCUAAGUUUUUAUAACUGUGACCUUAUUUGCCUACCGUCUGUAAGCUAUUAGUGUUUUAACGACGUGCAUGUUCAUGUGCGUGUUCAUUAAUUGUACAUGGUUCAUUGAACAAGCAUGGGAAACAGUGUUUAAAUCCUUUACAAUGAAGAUCUGUGAAGUUAUUUGGAUUUUUACAAAUUAUCUUUGAAAGACAGGAUCCUGAAAAGGGGUAUUUCUUUUUUUUGCUGAGUUUAUAUAUAUAUAUACCGGCAGGUUAAUUAAUUUUUGGACAUCGACCAAGUUAUUAUUAUUUUAGUUGUCUACCACAGCAUGUUGGGGAUUAAAUAAAAUAAUGAAUAUGUUGUUACAUCCAAAUCUGGUGAACAUUGUAGGAAUUACUGCACUUUUUAUGUGUUGUCUCCCCCACUUUUUAAGGGACCAAAAGUAAUUGGACAUUUGGCUGCGCAGCUGUUCCAUGGCCAGGUGUGUGUUAUUCCCUCAUCAGUUAAUUUACAAGUUGAUUUCAAGUGUGGCAUUUGCAUUUGGAAUCUAUUGCUCAAUAUGAAGUCCAAAGAGCUGUCACCGCCAGUGAAGCAAGGCAUCAUUAGGCUGAAAAAUCAAAUCAAACCCAUCAGAGAGAUAGCAGAAACAAUAGGUGUAUAGGUGUGGCCAAAUCAACUAUUUGGUACAUUCUUAAAAAUAAAGAACGCACUGGUGAGCUCAGGAACACCAAAAGGCCCAGAAGACCCCGGAAAUCAACUGUGGUGGGGAUGACAAAAUAUUUUUUUCCCUGGUGAAUAAAACCCCUUCACAACAGUUGGCCAGAUAAUGAAAGCCCUCCAGGAGGUAAGUGUAUCUGUCUCAAAGUCAACAAUCAAGAGAAGACUUCACCAGAGUAAAGACAGACGGUUUACCACAAGAUGUAAAACAUUGAUAAGCCUCAAAAACAGGAAGCCCAGAUUAGAGUUUGCCAAAAAACAUCUAAAAAAAACCUGUACAGUUCUGGAACUGAUGAGUCAAAUAUCAACUUGUACCAAAAUGAUGGGAAGAGAAGAGUAUGGAGAAGGGAAGGAACUGCUCAUGAUCCAAAGCUCCAAACCACCUCAUCUGUGAAGCAUGGUGGUGGUAGUAGUAUGCCGUGGGCAUGUGUGGCUGCCAAUGGAACUGGUUCCCCUGUAUUUAUUGAUGAUGUGACUGCUGACAAGCAGCAGAAUGAAUUCUGAAGUGUCUAGGGCUAUAUUAUCUGCUCAGAUUCAGCAAAAUGCUUCCAAACUCAUUGGACGGAGCUUCACAGUGCAGAUGGACAAUGUCCCGACGCAUACUGCGAAAGCAACCCAAUACAUUUUUAAGGCAAAGAAGUGGAAUGUUCUGCAAUGGCCAAGUCAAUCACCAGACCUGAAUCCAAUUGAGCGUGCAUUUCACUUGCUCAAGGUUAAAUGCCCAAAAACAAGCAGGAACAGAAGACAGUUUCAGUAAAGGCCUUGCAGAGCAUCACUAGGGAAGAAACCGAGCAUCUGGCGAUGUCUAUGGGUUCCAGACUUCAGGCAAUCAUUGACUGCGAAGAAUUUGCAAACAAGCAAUUUGCAAACCAUUUAAUUUAUGAUUAUGUUAGUUUGUCCAAUUACUUUUGAGCCCCUAAAAUUGGGGGGCUAUGUAUAAAAACGGUUGUAAUUCCUACACGGUUCAUACAAUAAUUUUGACAAAAAAACAUUAAAUUAUAGAGCACAUCUUGAUGAUUUAUUUUCCAAUCCAUUUUGGUGGCGUACAGAGCCAAAAGUAUGCACAUUCGGUCACUGUCCAAAUACUUAUGGACCUGACGGUGUUUUCUUAUUUUUUCCAGUUUUUGUUGUUUCUCUGUAAUACUAGCCCCCUAACAAUUUUAUGAAGUUGGCUUAAGCUAGCCAAGAUUGGGAACCUAACUCGCAACCUCAACUAGCCACCAAGAAACCAUUUCAGGCUAUCAAUCAAGUUAGAGUAGUUAUCUUAGCUGGCAUGACUCUACAAAAGCAAGAAACUAAAUGUCAUGAAUAAGACUCAAAUUCCUUUAAAUAUUUUACCAAGAUUUUAGCAGAAAUGCAGAGAAGCCUUUCCUUAAAAAAAUAACCACCAGUCAGGAGGAUACAGACAGCUCAAGACAUAUGCAGAAAAAUAAACAUAUUUUUGACAUAGAAUUAAGCAUAAUGAUUAUGUCUCUAGAUUGCAGGAAAAAGCUGUUUCAGGUGUUUGAAAAAUGCUAAAUUCUCCAUCUUCACCCCCCAGCCAUCCUCACAUACUUUGUGCCACCUCCGAUUUCUGGGGUGCAUGACGAUUUAACAAGUGACAUCAAUAAGGGAUCAUAGCUUUCACCUGGAUUUACCUGGUCAGUCUAUGUCAUGGAAAGAGCAGGUGUUGGUUAGGGCUUGUAAGUAAGCAUUACACUGUAAGGUCUACACCGGUUGUAUUCGGCGCAUGUGACAAAUAAAAUGUGAUUUAAUCGUACUAUUUUGUAUACUCAGUGUAUAUAUGCACUAUACAGUCAUACCUAUGGAUUGUGCACUGAUGACAUGGGGUAUCUGCCUACUUAGUGACACCCACAGUACAAAAUUCUGAAGAGUUUACACAAAUCGUAGCUCUUAUUACAGGCUGGUGCCUUUACAUGGAGGGCGACGGCUGCCGGUGACCAUAAGCAAGUAAACAUUUGCUGUAAUAUUGACAUGCAAAAAAGGAAUCGCUAUAACACAAGUAUGUAUAAAAAGUAUUUACAUUCAACAGAAAUUAUUUACCCAAAAAUAGAUUAGAAAACAAUGAUUUUUGAUUGUCAGACAUAACUCUGUAAGCUGGUCAUGUUAGCCAACUAACUGAGGGGCAAGAUAGCUGGUCUGUUGUUUCAUUACGUUGUAGUAUUCAAGUCCAGGACUUGGACUUGGUCUCAGACUCGACCAGUGAUGACUCGGACUUACACUCUAACAAUGGGGAGGUUGUUGUGAGAAAGUCUCUCUUCCUUGCUAAUUCAACAUGCUAGCAGGUACAAUAGCUACCAAAUUACUUUUUACAAUUGCAUUUUAGUAAUUUAGUAGAUGCUCUUAUCCAGAGCGACUUACUCACUAACUGAGCAUUCAGGUAGCUAGGUGAGACAACCACAUAACAUAAUCAUAGUAAGAUAAACUUUUUCCAAAUAAAGCAACAACCAGCAAAGUCAGCGCAAGUAAGAAAAGGCUAGUGUGAGUUUUAGUGCAAGAAAGCAAGGGUGUCAUUUUUUUUAAAUACAUUUUUUUGCAAUCUAUCCUGUCUAAUGUGCAAGACUCCACAUACUAGUUCUCGUAAUAUAGGUAAAAAAAUGUUGGACCACAGCCUUUUGCAGGUUAACAGUAGGGUUUGUUCGGACUGAAGAUGCAGUAUCAAGGGACUCGUGACUCGACUUGGGACUCGACUAUAAAAUACUCAGACUUGUACUUGGACUCAAGGCUGAGAGACUUGACUAUAUCACUAGGCUAUCACCAUGCAGGCUUCAUAAUCUACUGUGAUUGGUCAACAAAGGCAAACAUCAGUGGUUUUCACAUGAAAUUCCGCUGCACCCCCUGGAUAGUCUAGAACGUUUCUCCCCCUGCCACUUAGCAUAAUUGAAAAUCGAUGGGCCCCUGAUCGAUGGUGCCGCCUGCCGCUCUCCGUCUGCACGCUCCUUUAGUCCAAACAAACCCUACUGUUAACCUUUUCAUUGAUUGCAACAUUACAACUGUGACUUCACUCAAAUUGUAAUUGUCCACCUAGUAAAAUUGUACAUUAUAGCACUUGUUCUCUCUCUUUUCCUGUUUCUUGUAGGCUUUUGUGUAGUAUUGGUGAAUCAUUAUUGGUGCCAUGUCUAUUGCAUAGACAGAGAGGCAUAUCUUUUUUCGAUGUCACUCACAGCAGUAGAGCUGCUUCUCUUGAAAUGUUUUAUUUACCCUGUAACAGAAGGUGCAGGUGCAGCUGCAGGGACAUAGUGGAGGCUAAAUGCACAGACACACCUUUUAUUUUGUCAAUAGCAUAUACGCACUUAUUUACAAAAAAUGUACAUUGUUUGUAUUCCCCACUCUAUAUAUAUAUAUACAUGACAAAAAUGGAAAUAAGCCCUCUGGGAUUGUUUUGCCUCCAUUGUGUUAAUGGUUUUAAAUAAUCCAUCAAUUAAGUUGAAUAUGUGUGGAGCCUUGAGAGGUAGCCACUUAAAGUAACUGUGCAGUGUUUCCAGAUUUCUAUUAAAUAUGACCUAUAA